AUGAAAGGGGAAAGAGAUGUUCGUCUAAGUGUGCCUUCGAGGCUCAUCCCACUGCUGAAAGAUAUGACUCGGAUUCCAAUCCUAAGACCUGCUUCGCACGAAAUUUGCAAAUUGAAAGGAUUUUGGCUAACAGAGCUCCUAUAUUCCACUUGGGCUCAGGGAACGCCCCGCUCAGGAGAGAAGGUGUCGAAAGUUUAUAGUAAACAGAUCCGCCUCUGCUUCCACUACAGAUACAAACCCGCGGCAGAUGAAGAGGACUCCGCUCCAGAAUGGAGACUUUUCACUCCCCCUUGUCCUCCAAACAGCCCUCCACACUCUCCUCCGCCGCCGCCGCCUCCACCCCUAAGAUCUGCUCCAAUAGAUCUAGGCCCGUGUCCGCGACUCCCGCCUCGCCUACGACGGCGAAACGGUCGGAACCCUUUGCGGCCAGUGUUAGCCCCCACAAUCGUGCCUGCAGCCAUACAACUAAUACCUCAGCCCCCACUGUCUGCCCCUCCACUGUCUUCCCCUCCACUGGCCAUCCCGAGGUUAGGAUCCUGCCACUCGUUACGAUACUCUAUCCCUUCACCAACAAGCAUGGCAACGUCAGUCGAUCCUGCAAUCACGACUGGCGCGAAAGCAUCACAGUUCCCAGCGCUUUUAUCAUCUCCUUGUAGAACAUCCACCCCAUCUCCAAACCGCAAUGGCCCAUCAGAGGUUCCAAAAACAGCGCACGUUACAGAAGUUAAAGCCCGCCGGCGAUGUCAGUGCCUUUCAACUCAACCUUCUACUACCGAAUCCUUCUCACUCCUACCAAAUGUAGCUUAG